CCCAACCCGCAGGCUCUAUCUACCCUGGCCCCAACUCUCCAGGCCCCUCUCCCUGGCAGCUCACUACGCCGCCAGGGGGCGCCGUGAGAGCGCCCUAUCCCGGCUACCUGGCGCCCCCUCCCACAACCCAGGCGGGACGGGAGGGGGGCGCCGGGGGCCAUGCGGGGCCAGGGCCGCAAGGAGAGUUUGUCCGAUUCCCGUGACUUGGACGGAUCCUAUGACCAGCUCACGGGCCACCCUCCAGGGCCCACUAAAAAAGCGCUGAAGCAGCGGUUCCUCAAGCUGCUGCCUUGCUGCGGGCCCCAAGCUCUGCCCUCAGUCAGUGAAACAUUAGCCGCCCCAGCUUCCCUCCGCCCCCACAGACCCCGUCCACUGGACCCAGACAGCGUGGAGGAUGAGUUUGAACUAUCCACCGUUUGCCACCGGCCCGAGGGUCUGGAACAGCUGCAAGAGCAAACCAAGUUCACACGCAAGGAGUUGCAGGUUCUGUACAGGGGCUUCAAGAACGAAUGUCCCAGCGGAAUUGUCAAUGAGGAGAACUUCAAGCAGAUUUACUCCCAGUUCUUUCCUCAAGGCGACUCCAGCACAUAUGCCACUUUCCUCUUCAAUGCCUUUGACACCAACCAUGAUGGCUCUGUCAGUUUUGAGGACUUUGUGGCUGGUUUGUCAGUGAUUCUUCGGGGAACCAUAGAUGACAGGCUGAACUGGGCCUUCAAUCUGUACGACCUCAACAAGGAUGGUUGCAUCACCAAGGAGGAAAUGCUUGAUAUCAUGAAGUCCAUCUAUGACAUGAUGGGCAAGUAUACGUAUCCUGCACUCCGGGAGGAGGCGCCAAGGGAACACGUGGAGAGCUUUUUCCAGGUGUCUGAGACUGGGGAGGCUGGAGUGUCCUGGAGUGGAGGGGUGGAGAAAAUGGACAGGAACAAGGAUGGCGUGGUGACUAUUGAGGAAUUCAUUGAGUCUUGUCAAAAGGACGAGAACAUCAUGAGGUCCAUGCGGCUCUUUGACAAUGUCAUCUAGCUCCCCAGGAGAGGGGUCGGUUGGCCUGGGGGUGUGUGUGUGUGAUGCUUUAACCCCAGCCCAGGGGGAGCUCAACUUUCUCUUCCCAGGUCUGUCCCAGCCUUUGCCUGGGGGGUUGUAGAGAUCCAAGAGUCUGGGAGUUCAGGAGAGCUGAAGCUGAAGGGGUCAGGGAUUGGCAGAGUGCAUCUCCCAGCAGCCCUCCUCUUCCUAGCCAACACCCAGUGGUGAGGAUGCCCCUGUCAUAGGAAGGAGUACUUUCCCACCUCUCACCCCCACUCCAGAAACCACAACAGAGAAAAAUCUCCCCUGCUAUGGUGCUUUCCCCACCCUGAUCUCAGAAACAUUUCCCUUAAGACUUCUUUUCAGAGAAGAUGUUCUGCCAUGGCACAGCCCCUGAGAGCUCCAUAGUGGGAGGAACUUGGGCCUGAAUCUAGGUUGGUCCUAGGAGGUGAUGGGGGUGGAGAGCAGAAGGGCCCAAAGAUGCCGGUGAGAGCUCAACAUGCCACUCAAAAGCUCUGAGUUCCAUGGAUCUGCCACCCAAUCCAUCCGGAUAGGAGUUUCCAGGUUCUUCCAAGGAACUUAUCUUUGUAGAGACACCCCAGAAAGUGUCCCCAUUGCUCUUCAGUGUUCCCAGGAGAGCCUGGGAUCCUGAAGUCUGUCUUGUCCCUGGAAGAGUCCUCUCCUUUUCUGAUUGUACGGUGGUGGUAGCAGCAGCAGGGAAGACUGAGUAGGAGAAUUCCUGGCUGAAACCUGCCAGAUUUUCAGCCUUCCCUCCCAAAUGAUGACUGCCAGAGUUUUCACUUGCCAUUUUCUCUAGACUCAGAGGCACAAAACGAAUCAAGGUCUAGCCUGUGGAUACCUUAGAUGAAGGUGAAAAAGGAAAUCAGGCAUAGUAUCUGACCCAGUGUUGGGGGCAGUCAAUAGAAUCUUUGAUCAACCCAGGCUCUAUUCCUAUCCCCACAUAGUCUGUUUCCACCUAGAGUCUCUCCCCUUGCUCUAUUCAGUCCAACCAGAGAUGCCCCCAAGCACGCGGGUAGAUGUCCCUGAGCAGACCUAGAAAGCAGAGGACCUUAGGAACCAGGUCCCACCUUAUUGUCAACAUUCCUGCCAUAUAGUCAUCUUUAAUAUACCUGCUUGUCCCAGUUAGCUCACCCUCCCAGUCAGCCAGGAUUUGAGGGAAAGGGCCCCCAGGAAGCCCCCUUUCCCAUCAGAACACUGUUGACUGCUUUGCAUUUUUUGGCUCCUCUGUAUAUUUUGUAAAAUAAUGACACCAGAUCCAAUAAAACACAAUGGCUAUGAA